AUGAAUAAUUUGACCUUUACGGAAACUAGAAUCAUACACUGUCAUGAUCAUACUACUAAUACUGCUAGUAGUUUGCUGUUUAAUAAGAGAAUUUGUUUGAUUAUUCAAAUUAUUUUAAAUUUUCACUAUAUUCUGAGAAUUUCUUCAACCGGUGGUGUCUUAUUGAUAAAGAUUUAUCUAAAUUUUGAGAGUACAACAAUUUGAAUCUUUUAUAAGCAGAGAUGGAUGGCUACUAGCAUUGGAAUCCAGAGCGUAUGUAUCGUCCUAUUUAGAACUCGGCAGCUGGAUGUGCUCACAUUCCAGAGUUGAUAUUCACUCUGGGACUCAAACCAAUACAAGAAUCUAUUUGAACUAACUUUAAAACAUUACAAAAAAUACUCAUUUAGAUUAUUU